AUGGUUUCUGACCACCAAGCCGUCAAGAACACACGCGUCGAUUCGUGGUGGUCGCCGCAGUCCCUCGAGCGUCGUCGUCAGAGGUGCGAAGCUGUCUUUGUGUCCACCCAUGGUUCUGAAGAAGGGUCUAUUGGAUUUUGUAACUUCCAUGGAGGUUAUGGUAUGGUGUGCGUCGUUCCCACUCCACCGAUGGGUGAGGUAAUCUGGAACGUAAGAAUCAAAGAACGAAACCAAAGUGUCGGCCGCGCUUCCGAAGCUCCGUCUGUUGAGAGUAAGCCGCGUCAAGUUCUUCUGACGCCCAGCUCUACAAUCACUGCAACAUCAUCUGGAGGCCUAAGGGCUGUGUUUUCUUCUCACCCCGGGUUGGAAGUUGAACGACGCCCGGCGGGCGGCCGAGCCUUUGCCAACGCGGCGCCAAGAAGAGCAAUUAAAUCGGACACGGAGGAUACACAAAAGCUCCGUACAAACAGGCCAUGUACGGAGUUCGUUACGGCGUGUCUCACGUCCCGUAACCCCCGUAGACCGACCAGCCAUGGGGUUGUGAAACUUUCGAACUUCUGA